GCCACGAAUACGUCAACCUCGACAACAACUCCUCUGCCUACUACAAACACCACUACCACCUUCACAACCACAACAGAGACUACCACCACCUCCACCACCACCUCCGUGACGAACACAACCACAACGGAGACCACCACCACCAGUACGACAACCACAGUGACGGCUCGAAAGAAGCGCGUUCAUCGGCACAGGCAACACCAGCAUCACAAGCAUCGCACAACCACCACGUCAAAGAAGCCACACAAGCACAAGAAGCCAAAAGCAAAGCACACGACCACGAAAACUACGAAAAAGACGACGACUCCGACCACGACUACCGCCUCGACCACCGAAACCACCACCACCACCAAGACCACCACCACCACGACGAAG